AUGGCCGCUUCGGGCGGACAGAAGAGCGAGAAGUUGGACGAGGCGCAGGCGUUGGCCAAGAGCUGUGCGGGUAGACCGGACUUUCUCCCGUGCGAUGGACUCUCCAUCUGCGCCACGCACAGCCACGGGAAGUGUUUCAAGCUGCACUGGUGCUGUCAUUUGGGCUGGUGUCACUGUAAAUAUGUUUACCAGCCCAUGACCAGCGUCUGUCAGUUACCCAGCACACCGGUGCCUGCUGCUCCAACCAGCCUUGCCCACACCAUGGACCUAUCUGUGUCUCUGACCGAACGGUUUCUUAGGACCGCCCCACAGUUCCGGGCUCCACCCUGUCCUGACUCGCCAAAGUUCUGCAUCAUUUCAGAUCUCUUCAUCGACGACUACAUAGUAAAACGCAUAAAUGGCAAGAUGUGCUAUGUACAGAGACCUCUACCCCCAGUGCCAGCCCCUCCACAGCAGGCCCAAAACCCAGCUCCGCCACCUCCUCAACGUGCCGUUCAAAAACACUCCCCCAAUUCAAGGGUUAAGGACACCCCUGCAGGAGACAAAGUCACAGCUCCAAAAAUGGACCAUUGUUCUUCUCCCUCCAGCUCUGAGGACUCUGGGAUCAACGCAUUGGGUCUGCAUUAUGUAGAGUCAUGUGAUGAAGACUCAUGUGAGGAAGAAGAUGAGGAAGAGGAGGAUGAGGAAUUGAGCACUGAUGGUGACUCAAGCCCUGGCAGCAUGUGGGACCAGGACGAGUGCACAUUGCUCUCGCCCUCCAAAUCCAUCGUCGAGAUUAUUGAGAAGAUCGAGACGACUGUUUGA